GUGUUCAAGGAUACUCAUUUUCGAGGUGCCACAUUUGUUAUGAAUACGUCAGAGAUGAUGGAUAGAAACGCACAUUUAGGAAGUGCAGAUGGGCAUAACAUAUCGAGCGACAAAGCAACCGCCCAACACGCAGCGAGCACAAGGGUAGAUCCUGGUGUCCUCCCCCCUGUCCCACGGGCGAAAGUAUUGGAGGCAAUGGCCGGAGGAGAGGCUUACAUCGAGAAGUGGUAUGCGGAGGGGCUAUUGUUGUCUGCUCUCUUGAAUGAAUCGAAAGAUGAUGUACGGAAAUUGGAGCAUGAAUCGGGAUAUUGGCAAGGGAAGUUGUCGAUGGCAGCAAAAGCUCCUUCAGGCCACUGGCUGCCUUUGGGGUUCAUGAAGAAGGGACUUGUAUCUCAUUGGCAAUUCAUGGUUAUGCUUGUCAGGGUAUCGUUGUGCAAUCCUGACAUACUGAAUAAGAAGGUAUUGCACGAUCAUGCACAACAGAUAUGGCGGUCUAUCGACGAGGAUGACAGACAGAUGAUCGUUUGUGGAUAUGAUUCCACAGCAAAGAGAGGAAUGUGGCUUGUCGGCGCGGGUGAUGAUGGUGAGAAUGACAGUGACAAGGAUGUCACAUUUCGAUUUUUGGAUGAUCUGCAUGAGCGUUUCCAUUCUUUAGCUCUUCUGGGAUGGGUGCCGGUCAUUUGGAAAGAGGAACAUAUGGAUAACAGUCCUGUGCAUGUUACUUUUAAGGAUCCAUUGGGAGUUCUUUUCGACCUGGUUUAUGAAGGGGGUUUAUUGCGUCAUUGCAUGUUGAGUGGAGGCGAGGCAAGAGACCAUGCAGUUUCUGCAGAGCAAGAGGACGCAGAGCAGGAAGUUGGUGGUGGGUCAGAGUAUGAGGACGACACACCAGGUGUGCCAGAGAGAGAGAGAGAGAGAGAUGACGAUCCGUUGAUGAGCGAGCAGUCUCCACUCGAGGCAAUUCGACAGUUGAAGAAGAAAGAACAUGCAAGGAAUGGUAAUGUCAGCGAGAAGGCUGCUGAGGUCAACCAUGCAGGGGAACAGAGGGCGAAGAGGAAAAAGAGUGCAGAGUUGCCUGUCAUUAUUGCUGAUGGAAUUGAGUACUUCCUUGUGGAUCAAAUUAUGGAUUUGACCAGGAGAAGUAAAUGCGAUAGAAAUGUCAUUCACUGCAUCCUCCAUUCUGUGAUCACAGAUGUGCUUGCAGGAGGGGAAACAGUGACAUACUCCUUAGCUCCUCCUUCUGUGUCCAAUGCAAUGUCAACCUUAGUUCAAGAUUGUGUAAUCGAGUGCGCAACGCAAGCCAUAUGUGCAGCUCCUACAGAGGUUGAUAGGCAGCGCAAGCGACAGCAGGGUUGGGAUCUCGUCGCCGCAGAGUGUAAGAAGAGCUAUGUAGAGGAGGAGGAGGACAGUAGUGAUCAGAAAGUAACAAAGCACGAUGUGAAAGCAGAGGAUUUAAUCCUGCAGUGGACGCUCCAGAACUCGUCUCAUUCCGCUGGCCAGGAAGAGAAUCCUACCUCCAACAAAGCCGUGGAGAGAAAAUUUGAGAGGUCAUUUGUUCAUGAUGGUGACAACAGAAAAAACCCUGUUAUCAUGUCGCAACAUUUUCGCACAUUUGAUAGCAGAGGGCAGGGUGAGGGAGAGGAGGCAUUUGAUGCACAAGUGGACACGGAAAGUUUCGACAUCUUCAACGAGAAACUUGUUGCAGAUGCAUACAUCGACGAGGACUUCUGCAAGAUUCUGGAGUCAAAGGACAGCAGUGAAGCAGGAUGGUGUCAUGUCGUGCUGAGGUUGGCAAGACAAUACAGUGAGCCGCAUCCCGCUUUACGUAUCGUUGAUGGAUCGGCGUCCCCCGAUGGAAAGCUAAUGCAGCUAGCAGUCUCAUCACUCAUGAGAACAUGUCAGACGGGGAAUGACUUUUCUUGUGGUGGGAAGUCAUGGUUUGUGCUGGUAAAUAAAAAGGUUGUUAUGUGUACAUACGAAGGAUGGGGCGAUAACCUGGGUUGUGUAAUUGCUGGAGCAGUUGCUCGUGCUGAUGGUCAUGAUGUCCACCCUGGUUUGUCAAAUGCUACAGCUAUCAUGUCUACUAUCUCCAGAAAUCUAGGGCCCGGUGCAGGGUAGUUGAUCAUUUUGUCCUUGACAAGGAUUACAAAGAUCACGCAUAAUAAAUUAGUAGGAACUUU